AACAAAAACCAAAUAAAACUGACUGAUCGAGCAACUGCUAGAAGAAAAUUACUAAAUACACUCACAGCUCACUUCCCCAGUUUCCCGCACGCUCACAUCCUCACACGCACAAUGUUCUCUCUCUCUCUCUCUCUCUCUCUCUCUGAAGCAGUGCUUGUGAAUCUCUGAGCCUAAAUAUUCUCGCAGGCUUUGGAGUUUGGUGACGAAGUAAAAAAGGUCGAGGACAUUGGGAUUACGAGGCCGAUUUUUUUUGUUUUUUCACUCUCCGCUUGGUCUUAGCCUUGCGUGCCUCUCUCUCUCUCUCUCUUCAACUUGUUCUUCUUCUCUAAUAGCUGAUCUCUUAUACUUAUUUUUUUUCCCUGCGUUCACAUUCUAAUGGAGCACCGACACGUAACUCUUCGUCUUCUUUGAGGAGGUCGUCUUGGUUUCCGUCAAUGGCCUUUUUUUUUUUUUUCCUGACUCUUGCUUCUCUGCAUUGUCAAGAUUGAUACUCUGAUGUGCAACUGACAAGAAUAUUAGGAGCGUCUUCGUUGCAAGUUCUUGCAAGCUCAAGAAACUGAUACACUACAACAACACGAGUCUCCAAAGCCUACUCUAUCAAUUGCAUAUCAUUGAAAGCCCAAAAGGAACAUAAGCAAGCAACAAUCUCUAGGGAGUUUGGGGUAUGUUGCCACAGCAAUACAAGUUUAAACCUAAUAUGUCAUAUGCUGAUCUCCAUCUUGAAAUUACAAAAAAUGUAAAAGAUAUCCCACAGAAAACUGCUGGGGAUCAUCAAAAGCAACAGCUUGGUGGAAAGGCAGUUAAUGAAGAAGAGCUUGUUAAGUACAUGUCAAAAUUGCCAAGUUAUCUGGAGAGAGGAGAAAAGUUACAGGAGAAAGUUUUGAAUGUUGGGGUCCUUGACUGGGGACGCCUAGAAAAAUGGCAGUAUAGCCAUAAGCAAAUACCAUAUAAACGUAGCGGGUUUUCGGCACCCAGUAGUAAUACAUCCCCGUCUUUCUCAACAGAUGGAUCGUCUAGCUUUUCGAGCAGAGGGCAUAGCUGCUCUCCUGCGCAUCAAAGGAUACACCGUCCUUCACUCCAAUUUCAUCUGAUGGCAUCUCCUAUAGAAGGGCAUUCUCAAGUUGUCAAUUCCUUUGGAGAAGGUGUUGGAAAGAUUCAAGAUAUUAAAACUUCUGAGAGUAACACCUUGAAUGGGCAGGAAAAGUUUAUGAGCACAGCUCCAGCUUUUUACAAAAACCGAACAGAUGUAAAGCUGGAAGAAUGCAAGCAAAGUUACUCAGAGACAAUGCCUGGUCCAGGAACUGGAACGUUGCAAAACAUCUCAAGUGGUGAGAUGCCCUCAUGUCAAAAGGUAAAGUUGAAGUGUCAAGAUGGUGAAUUUACAAAGAGAGAGGAAAAUCUGCACAAGCCCUAUCUUAAAAAUGUGAAACAAGAUGUCCCUGAAGGAUGCAAAACAGUUGUUCUCCUUUUGCCUAGAAGUCGCAUGGAAAGUAGUCAUUCUGGUAUGUCUUACAAUCCUAAUGCAGCUCCGUUCUGUGGCCGAAGAUCAGCAGAAGCAUCUAGAAGAAGCUUUUCAGAUAGACGUGUCCAUGCCGAUCUGAAUUCUAAUAUCCCACACUCGUGCCCACUUCCUAGGGAAGUUAGCAGUGAAGAGUCUCAGGUAAAAAAGCCCAGCUCCGUAGAUGCAGCACAGCUCAAUUUUUCAUCUGUUUCAUCUGACUCAGAAUUACAGUUGAGGAAAAUGGCAAAGAAUCCAUCCAAAGAUAGAAGUUCAGAAGAGAAAAAAUCAACAACAAUACCCUCAUGUUUGCUGCCAAAUGAGCCUUCCAAAGUGUUAGAUCCAAAACCAAGCAAGGCUGAAAAACCACGAAGUACUUCACCAUUUUGUCGAUUUAGCAGUGCAGUGGGCAAGACAGGUAAAAGUUCCGGUGUAAAAGAUGUUUCAGAUAUUCAUAACCUGCGAUCGAUGGAUGUUUCUGCGAAAUCUGGUUCAGAGAAUGUCAUGGCUUCUGUUUGCUUGGAUGCUUCAAGCAAUGACAAACCCACUGCUACUAGCAGAGCCAGGUCCAGUCCUCUGAGGCGGUUACUAGAACCACUACUGAAGCCAAAGGCAGAGAACAGUGGCCGCUCAGUAGUAGACCCAUUAGAGAGGCGCUCAGUAUCUAGAGAGAGGGCUUGCAAAUCAUUGGAUGGGCAACCUGGUUCCUCUGCUGUGCAGUCAGGGAAAGUAAAAUUAGACAUGAUUGGUUGUAAGACGAUUAACGUCAAUAAUACAGCCAAGGAUAAGAAGGAUGGACCUCGAUCAGCAGUUCAAGCUCUCUUGAGAGUGGUAGUUAAGAAUGGCUUACCUCUGUUAACAUUUGCAGUUGACAAAGAGAGUGACAUCCUUGCUGCCACAAUGAAGAGGUUAAAUCCCACGGUAAUGGAUGAUUAUAGCUGCAUGUAUACGUUCUUUACCAUUAGAGAAGUCAAGAAAAAGAAUGGCAGUUGGAUAAAUCAAGGAGGGAAAGGAAAAGCUCAUGAUUACAUCCAUAAUGUUGUUGCACAAAUGAAGGUUUCUGAUUCACAGAUGUCUAAUUUGACUCCACAGAAUCAGUUAAGCAUGAGAGAAUUUGUUUUAUUUUCUGUGGACCUGAGACAAGCAGAUAAUCAAACCUCGGUCUUCCAGCCAAAUGAUGAGCUUGCAGCUAUAGUAGUCAAAAUCCUGAGAAAGAUCAUUCCAAGUUCCAUAAAACAUGAGCACCAUAACAAUAACCAUAACUUGUCUCGGGAAAAUCUGAAAGACUAUUCCUCAGGGAGGGAUUAUCACCCAAAUUCAGGGGAGAAUGUACGGAGUCAGAACUUUCUUAGCAGUCAAGAUUUUGUUAACACAACAGUAAUACUUCCAAGUGGUAUUCAUAGUCUACCCAGUAAAGGAGGACCAUCGUCACUGAUCGAACGUUGGAAUACAGGUGGAUCAUGUGAUUGUGGGGGUUGGGACUUGGGAUGCAAACUCAGGAUUCUUGCCGAUCAGAAUCAAGUCCUUAAGAAAUUAAGUUCACCCAGGGGUUCCCCAAUCACUGAUAGAGUAGAGCUUUAUCCUGAGGGAGGAGCGCAAGAAAACCAGCCUCUUUUCUGUUUGGCUCCAUUCAAGGAUGGUGUCUAUUCAGUUGAGUUCAGUUCUUCACUCUCAAAUUUACAAGCAUUCUCCAUUUGUAUAGCAGUGUUAGAUAGUAGGAAUCUACGUGAGCUUUUAGAAUCAUGCAACACAUAUGAAGAAAAAACUUAUGUGGAAACCAUGUCAGUUCAAAAUUCCGGAAUAUGUACUGCUACUCAAAUCGAAGGGGAGGCUCCUAGAUAUGUCUCAUAUCCACCUCUUUCUCCGGUUGGCAGGGUCUAGCUUUGGUGAAAAAUGAUCUCAUAGUAGUAUUAUAUUUCUGAUGAUCGAUAUGUUUUGCAGCCAAAUGAAAGUUUUACCUUUAAAACCUGUGAUGUCCGCCCUGGAUAGGAAAAGGUAGGUGGAGAUCAAAAUCCAUAUAUUACUUUUUAAGUUUAGACCAAAUAAAUAACGUCGAAUGUAUCAAUUGUAUUAUUUAGAGAAAACUGUCUUCAUCAUAUUAAGUGUGCAUAUAGUGAGUGAAUGUAUAUUUUCUUUCAGCCCUAA